CGGGCCGGGGGGACUGCGGUACCCUCAGGCCCAGUCUCUGCUGGCCAGAAGGACUCGAUGUGCGGUGUACACAGAGCCCGUGGUGCCGCGCUCUCCUUGAAUCUCUCCUCACCACAUUUCUCUGUCAUGGCAGAGGCUUGCAGUUCCCUUAAGCACUGAAAGAAAUCCAGAUCUAGGUAGAGGAAGUGACCCUAAGGGCGUCUCCCUGUUGGCUGGUGAAGAUACACAGAGCAGAACCGCAGGUCUGCCGCUAUCUGUUGUGCCCACCCUGGCCCUGUCUUAUCCCAAAGCCUCCUGCAGUUCCUUUGGCCUACAGGCCAGAUAUGUCUCAGCCUGACCCUGGAGGAUUGGGGCCCUCCCUGCCGCUCUUGCUGGGAUGACUACCCUGUCCAAGGAUUCAACCUGCUUGGAAGAUGUGCCCCAGAGCUGGCCCUCCUGCCUCUGCCAUGGCCUCAUCAGCUUCCUGGGGUUCUUGCUGCUGCUGCUCACCUUCCCCAUUUCUGGCUGGUUUGCCCUGAAGAUCGUGCCCACCUAUGAGCGGAUGAUCGUGUUCCGCCUGGGCCGCAUCCGCACCCCCCAGGGGCCUGGCAUGGUUCUGCUCCUGCCCUUCAUCGACUCCUUUCAGAGGGUGGAUCUGCGGACACGAGCCUUCAAUGUCCCUCCUUGCAAGCUGGCCUCCAAGGACGGGGCUGUACUGUCUGUUGGGGCUGAUGUCCAGUUCCGCAUCUGGGACCCGGUGCUGUCGGUGAUGACCGUGAAGGACCUGAAUGCAGCCACGCGCAUGACGGCCCAGAAUGCCAUGACCAAGGCCUUGCUCCGGAGGCCUCUGCAGGAGAUCCAGAUAGAGAAGCCCAGGAUCAGCGAGCAGCUCCUGCUGGAGAUCAAUGAGGUGACCAGGGCCUGGGGGCUAGAGGUGGACCGUGUGGAGCUGGCGGUAGAGGCUGUGCUACAGCCUCCCCAGGACAGCCCAGCCGGGCCCAGCCUGGACAGCACCCUGCAGCACCUGGCCCUGCACCUGCUGGGUGGAGGCAUAAAUGCCAUGGUGGGAGGCGCACUGUCCCCAGGGCCAGCGCUGCCAGCCACCGCGGUGGACACCUUGGAGAUGGUGAAUGAGGUUGACCUGUCAGCUGCCCAUGCUGGGCCCUGGGACGGGUCCAGCGUGAAGCAGCUGGUGGCCGAGGGGCUGCUGACCGCCUUGCAGCCCUUCCUAUCUGAGGCCCUGGUUAGCCAGGUUGGCGCCUGCUACCAGUUCAACAUCAUCCUGCCUGGGGGUGCUCAGAGCAUCUACUUCCUGGACCUCACUACAGGGCGAGGCAGGGCAGGGCAUGGGGUUCCUGGGCACGUCCCCGACGUGGUGGUGGAGAUGGCUGAAGACGACCUGCGUGCCCUGCUGUGCCGGGAGCUGAGGCCCCUGGGUGCCUACAUGAGUGGGAGGCUGCAGGUGAAAGGGGACCUGGCUGUGGCCAUGAAGCUGGAGGCUGUGCUCCGGGCCCUGAAGUAGCAGCCACCAAGGGCCACCUGUAACCCAGCCUGAGCUGACCCUGGGCUGGUGGGCUUCUUGAAGGAGGCGGCUCCAGCCUGCAGCAAGGAUGGUGGAGGCCCAGCCAGGAGCUCCUGGCAGAGGUGGGAGAGACCCAGUGAGGCUGCUGUGCACAUCUCUUCUGUGGACAGGCCCUGUCCCUCCCCAUCUCCAGCCACGUGCCCAGCCCACUAGGAAGAGCCUGAUGUCACCGGGCCUGCAUGAGGGACUGAAGUGUGUGGGUUCAAGUCCCGCAGAGUGCGGAGAGGGCAGGCUGGCGGGUGGGAAGGCAGCAGGAAGAGGUUGCUGUGCCCCUCUCGACUGCAGUCCAGGUCCAUUCUGUGUGAGGACACAGGACGGCGGGGUGCCGUUGAUGAUGGUGCCCCAAGGUGAUUUGUCCCCCACUUCUGUGCCUGACCUGGGGCUCAGGGAAGCAUGCAGGGCCCUGAUCAUGCUUCUUCCAGGUUCUAGGCCUGUGACCAAUAAAUGUGGUGGUCAGUGUGGCCCAGAGCGUGGGGUGUUGGGUGGGCUUGGUGUCUGCACGGUGAUGACCUCGCUGAGCCCAGACGUGGGCCCUGGAGACAUUGCCGGUUCCUCCUGAGGGUCUCCAAGCCCCACAAAGGCAUGGAGGGGGGUGCCCUCUGUUCCUUUUUCCCCUCUUUUUUUGCUAUUUUUGAGCUAGCUAGGGUCUCAGUGUAUUGCCCAGGCUGGCCUUGAGCUCUGUGUCCCGCCUCCUCAACCUCUUGAGUGCUGGGAUUAUAGACCUGCACAUCCACACCUGGCUCCGUUCUUUAUAGUCGGGUACAGGUUUGCCAGCAAGUAGGGAUGUGUGGCGCCCCAGAGCUGGUCCCACAAACAUUGACCUGAUGACAUUUCGGUGAGGGGCUCCAGUCACCUUCAAGAGGAGUUGGGGCCAUGGCAGCUGCCCCAUCGCACACUCUGCUGCCCGAGGGGAGGGACGCAGGCACGGAGUCCGGGUCCUGGGCCCAGCAAGGACCUUUGCGUACCGCAGGGCUGAGCAGCAAGUCUUUCCUGGAGGGUUGGCAGGAAGAAAUAUGACACACAUGGCGGCCCAGCUUCCUUGUGGAGGAGCAGCCCCCAGCUGCCCUGUGACUUGGGCCUGUCCCUUGGCCCAGGCCACUUCUAGUUCACUGGUUGUCCUUGCCAGUGCCGGACUCUACCUGUCACUCCUGUAGGUCCUAGCUCAGCUUGGGCCACCUCCCUUAGGCCCUGUUGCUGUGCCCUGGUACUUGGGGUUCACCUUGGGGUCCUGGCCACUCUGCUUCUCCAGGGACCUCUUCCAGGCCUCUCCUCCAGUCCCAACCCGCCACAUGGCCACUUUGAGGCCCAGCAGGGCUGUCCUUGGCUGAGCACCCCUCUUCCUGCAGUCACCGUGCCUGGUCCCACUACCUGCCCCAUUCCUGCUGGGCUGCAAGCCCAAUGCCUUGGUCACCAUAGCUGCCCUCCAAGGCUGCUAUCCAUGGAACCCAAGGCAUCUCUGAGAGCCUGUGCUGUCCCUCCCCUGUCACCCUGGGGUGGGAAACAAACUCCCAGACCUUCAGAUGUGAGAAGAUCAGAGCUUUUAAGAGAAAGUGAAACUCCUGUGAAUCUGUGUGGGUGGAGAUAGAGGCCUGUAUCUGCUAUUAACACCCCACCAUGCAGGGAGGGAGGAUGGAGCAGCCCUUGCGGGCCACUGAGGAGCGAGGAUGGCAGAGGGGGAGGCUGCCAUCUGUCAGAGACCGCUUCCUGGAGGAAGUGAGGCCGGGCAUGGACCUCAUCACAGUGUGGGAAGAGCACAGGACUGAGGGGAAGCCCCAGCCAGGGCCCAGGUGGAAGAGGAGGGCUGGCACCCCUGAGGUGGGCCCCUGGAACCCCAAGUGUGAGAGGGUUGUGUGUAGGGACUUUGUGGGAAGGGGACAGAAGUAGCCCUCAUUGUAUGCCAAAUAGGCCUCUGUACUGAGACCCUUCUGUACUUUUUCCUCAAAAUAAUCUAGUAGUUAAUUAUGCUGCUUAAUAUGCUAAUAGGCAAUGCAUUAUUUUGAGAUAAGUAUACUUUGAAUAGGUAAUAUAUGCACACAUGGUUCUAAAGUUUAAAAGGAUUAAAAAGGCAUACUAUGAAAAUUGUCCCUUAUACACAUGACUCCAGCACGUGACCCAGGCCUUUGUCCAAAAAGCUUUCCUUGCCAUUAGUUUUUCUUCCAGAAGGUUUUUGUUGCUUUAAAAGUUACAAAAGAAAAUCCAAAUGCAAAGAUUAAAAUAGGCAGUGUGUUUAAAUAAAAUGUAUUAUAAUACCAUAUUACCAUGACUCCCCCUCAAAACCCUUCCCCUCCUUUCAAACCCAUUUAUCCCACGCAUUCCUUACCACUUUCUGAGGCAGGUCUGGAGCUUUGUGAGUGUCUCUGAGGUGUGAUGGAGGAUUCGGUGAAUGCUGCUGCCACCUGCCAUCGAGCAGAAAGGUGGGCUCCUAAGAAUGUCAGUGUGUCCUCUUCCACCUCACUCAGCAGACCUACCCUUCUGGCUCUUCCCAAAGUCAAAAUGAUGGCAAAAGGGCAAUGUUUGGAAUGGAGCCAGGACACCAAGGCAGCCACAAUAGCUCAACUAAAGACUGAAGAAAAGGACUCCGGAGCCGCUGUAGAAAGUGGUCAGAAAAUAGAUUAAACACUUAAGGGUAUUUGAAGGAGGAUUGUAGGGGAAAGGGGUGUUAACUGCAACGUGUCUUUUACUAAAAGAAAUUCUUUUGUAACUUUCACAGAUACUUUAUCCAGCUCGUAGCCAUCCUCUGGCUACAAUGUUGCUUUUACCCACUUAAGGGCGCUCCUGAGGAUUGUGCCUUAUGGUCCACUCUCCCCAUGAUAUUUUGAGUUACAAGGGAUUCCACUGUAUGGAAGUACCAUCACUUAUGUUUCCUGGGUGGGUGGUUUCUUUCUGGUGUCUUGCUUACAGCCACAGUGAGUAACGUUUAUCAACUUUUACUGUGCUGUUUUGCCAGUGGCCAACAGAAUCCUAGAACUGGAACUGCUGGGUCAAAGCACUUGUAAAUUCAUAAGUGUGUAACUUAAUUAACAUGCUCUCUUUGGAGAUCAUACCCAUCAUUGGUGAUUGAGAAGAUGUUUCUUUCCUCCUCAUAAUCAUGUCAGUGCAGUGUGCUAUUAAAAUUUCCAGGCUUUUGUUUUGAGGCU